AGGGCGGGGCUUCGGCCUUGGUAGAGGAAGAGCGCUUGUUGGUGAGGAGGGGCAAGUCCAGCUCUCACCCCAGUCAGGCCUGCGUCCCUUCUCUUCUUCCUUCCACUUCGCUUUGCGCCCUCUGUGGCUGCGGGGCGGGGUACCGCGUCAGCCAGCACCAGUGAUAACAAGAGACAGGAUGACAUGAGCUAUUGGGCUACAUGCUACAGUAAUGCACUUCCUGGUAGAGGGCUUCCUCUAGAGUGAGACUGACGGACAGUUCAAGAUGGCCAAAGAAGAGACCCCAAGUGUUUCCAGAGACUUACAGGAGCUGCAAAGGAGGCUGGGUUUGCUGUUAGAGACUUUCCAGAAUAACUCAAAGGUGGUCGCCUUUAUGAAGUCCCCUGUGGGCCGGUUCCUGGACAGGCAUCCUUUCCUGGUGCUCACCAUGCUGAUGUUUGUUACCAUGUCAGCCAUCCCUGUUGGCUUCUUCCUGCUCAUCGUGGUGCUCACCUCCCUGGGUGCUCUUAUGGGGGCCGUAUUACUGGAAGGCCUGGUCAUCUCUGUUUGCGGUCUCUCACUGCUCUGCGUCCUCUGUGGCCUGGGCUUCCUGUCGCUUGCCUUGUCGGGGAUAGCCAUGACGUCCUAUGUGGUGGUCUCCUGCCUCAUGAGCUACUGGUUUUCUCCCAGCAGGCCACCAACACAACAAAAUGCCAACAUCGACCGUCAGCUGGCUAUGAAGUUCACAGAGUCUGAGAAACCUGGACUUUGAGGGGCAUGACGAGGAAUGACCAGCCAAAUGGAACCAAAGAUUGAAUUCUAAGCAUCCAAAGGAGAGCUCUUCCCCUCACCUCCCAGGACUGUAGUGCAGAGAGAGGGCUGGAUGGGAGCCCUGCUUCUCCACUCACUGUGUCCAAACUCCUGCAGUAGCCAGGGUGGCCUCCCCAUGCCUCACGGUUCCCCAGUAUGAAGCCUUGACCUUAGCAGAGUGGUGGGCUUCUAGAACUGGGAAGCUUGACCAUUAGAGCCUCUGGGUUGAGUCCCAGGGCUCAUCUGCGGGUAAGAUAGAUUGUAUUUGAAGUUUCAUUGCGGUUUGGGGGUGGGGCAGGGAUGAAGAGGAGGUUUUUUCCCCAGUCAUUUGAAAUAAGAGGUUAAAAAAAUAAUCCAGAGAGAGCCAGCUCUUACUUAAUUUUUAUCAGAAGAGCAUCAGCAUUUGGAAACCGGGACCUUUUAAAACUUGAAAAGCUCUCCUAACCCUGUGGCCAGGAGUCCUUUAGGAAAUGUCUCAAGGCCUAGUCUAUUGCGUGCCUUGAUCUUUGACACAUUUGCAUUUGAUAUGUUAAUAUUCUUUAAAGAGCUUGCUUCUGCCAAGCCAUUUCUUAACAAACCAAUGAAACCAAACACAUACUGAAGACUACAAGGCGAACCAAAGCCUGUGGGAUGAUUUCCACUUCAUUUACUAUGGUGUUUUAUUAAAUAUUUAUUUGCUUCUUGCUA